AUGUCCCUGCGCAGCCUGACUCUACUGCGGGCUUUAGGGGUCCGCUCCCCGGGUUCUGCAGCUGCGAAGGCCCGCUCCCUCUGCUCCAGCCCCGGGUCCAGCCCCGGGUCCAGCCCCGGGUCCAGCCCCGGGUCCAGCUCCAAAGACAAGAGCAAGAACAAGCCACAGACUUCCAUCCAGAGACCGGACCCCAGCCCGAGUCACGACUGGAUCGGGCCCCCGAACCCGGUGUCCAACCUGCGCCCCAUAGUGUUCCGAGCCGUGCAGGACCAGAACGAGACCGAGCUGAGGCUGAGGGCCCUGAGACAGGAGACCGAGGACUGGAACCACCGCUUCUGGGCCCAGCAGAACCUCGCCUUCACCAAGGAGAAGGAGUUGUUCGUGGUCUCACAGCUGAAGUCUAAAGGCCUGUCCCGCCGCGACGCUGAGGGACGGCGGCGGUCUCUGGACAGUGAAGAGAUGGCAGUUUUCUACAAAGGAUUCUUGGACAAAAACAGAGUACGACACGCGGCCUACAACAAAGAGUGGUACAGACUGAACUUCACCAUCACGCUGCUCAUGGCUCGUGUGACUCUGACAAACAUGUGGAAGAGUCUGUCUGCGAACAGAAGCAGCUCUCCCUCCUCCUGA